AUGGACCGAGCGAGCGAGGGAAGCGGCGCGGGCAGCGGAGCCGCCCCGCCUUCCUUGGGCGCGUCGUCAGCUGCCGGUGGAGGAAGAGGCAGCAGCGACAGUAGCAGGCGUGGCGGGGGGCCUUGCCCGGCGGAUCGCACCGGAGCGGCCACCACUGAACCCCCAAAAAAGAAACCGGACCCUGUCACUUCGGAGACGGUGGUGAUCUGGGGGCUGCGGCUCUGGCAGGUGAUUGGUAUCUUUGCCAUCUUUGUCCUGGCAGUCAUUAUCACGCUAUGCUGUAUCUUCAAGUGCCGGAUUCCCCGGACAAAGAAAGAAAUUGAGGCACGAUAUGCUCAACGGCAAGCAGCAAAGACAUAUGCUGACAAACUGGACACUGUGCCACCACUCAACGAGCUGACAGAGAUCCCUGGAGGCUCUACUGAAACUCUCCUAACUCUCUCUGGUCAUGUCCACUCCAGACCUCUCAACUCCCUGCCUGUCGUGAAAGAAGAAGAUGAAAUGGCCCUGCAAGGAAAUUAG